UCCUUCUUUCCUUCCCCGGUUCAUAUGAAGCAACAUUUCCUCACUCCCCCUCCCUCAUUCACUCAACCGAUCUACCCAUCAAGAGAUGGAGUUGCACAGAGAACUUGGGAGACUGCAAUGCUAAACCAACUCUCAAACCCAACACAACAGAACUGACGACGAUUCCCUCAUUUUUUGGUCCUCAGUUCCUGUUUCAAGAGUGUUGGUUGUGGUUGAAAAAAAGCCAGAUUGAGGCUAGUGAUUGAUUGUUCCAUCCUGGGCUGAGCCCUUCGUCGACGAGAACAAGCGACAACCAUGGCCUCAAGUGUGCCUGAAGUGAAACGAGGUCAUAACGGAGGAGUGACAGAGAGCAAAGCUGAUCUAGUGUCCAUCGAAGUCUCCGAGAUGAACCAACCCACAUUUUCCAUGUCAGCAUGGGCUCGAAGGACCAAGUUGGAGAAGGUCUUGACAGUGUUGUUGAUGCUCCUGACGAUUGCCCUCAUUGUGGUGGCUGCUCUUGGGUUCACGAACACUUCUCAGAGCUCUAUUUCGAACCGUGGGCAUUCGCUUUCGUCAAAGCAAUGGUCGGUUCAAGAUGAGUCGGCGGGAAAAGUGUGCAACUCCAGAGGGUGUAUUAGUGCUGCUCAUCACAUCCUGGAAAACAUGGAUACUGACGUGGAUCCAUGUGAAGAUUUCUAUCAAUAUGCGUGCGGAGGAUUUGAGAAGAGGGUACGAAUUCCUGACGACCGCACAUCCCGAUCGCAAUUCUCGGUCAUUGACGAUGAACUGGAUGUCCAACUUCGAGACAUUCUCGAGGGAAAUGCCACCGAGGACGAAUCCUCGGUGUUCAGGAUGUCUCGUGACACCUAUCAGGCAUGCAUGGAUGAGGAUAGAUUGGAAGAGAUCGGCUUGAAACCUAUUCUAGAUGUCUUGAAGACUUUCGGAGGUUGGCCCGCGGUCCUGGGCGACGCUUGGGACGAAUCCAAGUUCAAUUGGCAAGAAAUGUUGGUUACCUUCCGCAAGCAUGGCUACAGCACGGAUUACCUGUUCGAUUUUUCGAUUGCCACGGACAUUAAGAAUUCGACCUGGCGGACCAUUUACUUUGAUCAAGGCCUCUUGGGAAUGAGUCGAGAAUAUCUGAUCAAGGGCUUGGCGGAUGAGGAUGUCCGUCAUUACUAUAAUUACAUGCAGAAGGUCGCCGUGCUCUUGGGCGCGGAUCCCGUGCGUGCCGCCUCGGAUUUGAAGGACUCGCUGACUUUCGAGAUCAAGUUGGCCAAUGCAUCUUUGCCUCGCGAAUUGAGACGCGAUGCAAACAAACUGUAUCAUGCCAUGCAAUUGAAGGACGUCAAUGAGAUUGGCCCAUUCAUCUCGAAUUGGACGGACCUGGUCAACAGCAUCCUCACAGAAGAUGUCAUUCAGGUGACUGAUGAAGAGCGUGUUGUGGUGAGUACGCCGGGAUACUUCAAGAACUUGACCGAGAUCCUGAAGACCGAGCCCAAACGGAACAUCGCCAAUUACAUGCUUUGGCGAGUCGCCCGAGCCUCCAUCGGCUACUUGAAUAAGGAUGCUCGAGCUGUCUCCCAUGAGUUUGCUAAGAACAUCACGGGCAAAACCGCUACCACGCCCCGCUGGAAGUUGUGUGUGGGCGCGGCAGCGGGCAGUUUCUCGGCCGCCAUUGGCAAAAUGUAUGUACUGAAGCACUUCAAUCACGAUGCCAAGGAUAUCAUGCUGGAAAUGGUCACCGACAUUCGCCAGGAAUUCAAGACAAUUCUCGACGAGAUUACAUGGAUGGAUUCCAAAACCAAGGACAGAGCUCACAGCAAGCUUAAUAGCAUUAAAGAAUACAUUGCAUAUCCCGAGGAGAUCCUGGACAACAAGAAUCUAGAAGAAAUCUACAAGGGACUUGAGAUCGUCGAGGGAGAAUACUUUCAGAAUGGCAUCAGAAUGAGUAUUUGGAGAACCAACUAUCAUUGGAAGAAGCUACGCGAAGAGGUGGACAAAACUGAUUGGAAGCGACAUGCAAAUCCGGCUGUGGUCAAUGCCUUUUACAGUGCCAUCGAGAACUCGAUUCAAUUUCCCGCGGGGAUUUUGCAGGGUGCCUUCUUCAGUAACGACAGACCGAACUACAUGAACUACGGAGGAAUUGGUUGGGUCAUUGGACAUGAAAUCACACAUGGAUUCGAUGAUCAAGGCAAACAAUAUGACGACAACGGGAAUCUCCGCAAUUGGUGGGAGCCUCCAACUGAAAAGGAGUUUUCUGACAAAACACAGUGCAUCAUUUGGCAAUAUGGCAAUUACUCAGCCGAAGAGAUUGAUAUGAAUCUGAAUGGUGUCAACACUCAGGGUGAAAAUAUCGCCGACAACGGUGGCAUUAAAGAGGCUUAUCGGGCCUACAAUCGAUGGGUCAGCCGCCAUGGCGAAGAGCCCAUGCUUCCCGGCAUUAGUCACUCUCCCAGGCAGCUAUUUUGGGUCAGUGCUGCCAAUAUCUGGUGUUCAAAGUACAGGCCCAAGGCCUUGGAACAACGCAUUAAGACUGGAGCUCAUUCUCCGGGCCGAUUCCGGAUCAAGGGGCCAUUCUCCAAUUCUCGAGAAUUCGCCAAAGACUUUGAGUGCAAGCUGGGCUCAGGCAUGAACCCCGUGGAUAAAUGCGAAGUUUGGUAAAGAAGUACCUCCUAAAUUCCCGUCCAUCUCGUCUCUGGUAACAAAGAAAAUCAAUCCAACGGUACACGAUCACAUUUGGAUAAUUUAUAUUAUUACUAUUAUCUUAAAGAUGUUGAUGCAGUUUUAAAUAUGUAUCUUAUCUACCACAUUUUGCUACAUAAAUACAAUGUAUCAAAACAGA